CUUACAGCUUGCAUUGCUGGGUCUCUCCUCCUCCUCAGCCCUGCACUCUCACACUCACUCACACACUUUCACUCACACACUUUAACUCACUCUCACUCACACACACACACACACACUGACACAUGGAGUACCACUACUGCACUCUGUUGCUCUGGACCUGCAGCCUGCUGAUAGGGCUCCUCGACAGCUUCAACAUCGACACCAAAAACCACAAGAUCAUUAAGGGCUCCAAGCAGGCUCAGUUUGGCUACACUGUGCAGCAGCACGUCGCAGGAGGACAAAAAUGGUUAUUAGUUGGCGCUCCAUUGGACACUAAUGGCCCUCACCAGACGGGUGAUGUUUACAAGUGCCCACUGAGCAAGCGAUCCAAUGGCAGCUGCACCAAGCUCAACCUCGGAAGGAUAUCUUUGACGAACGUGUCUGAACGGAAAGACAAGAUGAGGCUGGGAAUGACGCUUUCUUCCAACCCAAAAGACAACAGUUUUGUGGCGUGUGGUCCUCUCUGGGCCCAUGAGUGCGGCAGCUCCUACUACAGCACUGGAAUAUGCUCCAGAGUCAACUCCAGCUUCAAGUUUUCUCGAGCUAUCGCCCCUGCUUUCCAAAGGUGUGAAACAUACAUGGACAUUGUCAUUGUCCUGGAUGGGUCCAACUCCAUCUACCCCUGGGUUGAGGUUCAGGACUUCCUCAUCAAUAUCCUGCAGAAAUUCUAUGUUGGACCAGGACAAAUUCAAGUUGGUGUGGUGCAGUAUGGUGAGAAGGUCGUGCAUGAGUUCAGCUUGAGUGACUUCAAGUCAGUCGAGGAUGUGGUGAGGGCAGCGCGAAGGAUACAGCAGCGUGGUGGAGAGGAGACGAACACGGCCCUAGGUAUCAACGAAGCACGGACACAGGCAUUCAAGAAGGGAGGCCGGCGUGGAGCUAAGAAAGUGAUGAUUGUGAUCACAGAUGGAGAGUCUCAUGACAGCCCUGACUUGCAGCAGGUUAUUGAGGACAGCGAGAAGGAUGGCAUAACGCGCUACGCUAUUGCCGUCCUUGGCUACUACAACCGUCGAGGAAUUAAUCCAGAGGCCUUCCUAAAUGAGAUUAAAUACAUCGCAAGUGACCCGGAUGAUAAGCACUUCUUCAAUGUGACGGAUGAGGCAGCCCUGAAGGACAUUGUGGAUGCCCUUGGAGAUCGAAUCUUUAGCUUGGAAGGAACCAGUGAGAACGGGACAACAUUUGCCCUCCAGAUGUCUCAGGCAGGCUUUUCCACGCACGUUGUCGAGGAUGGAAUCCUAGUCGGUGCACCGGGGGCCUAUGACUGGAAUGGGGCAGUCUUGAAGGAGACGCGCCAGGGGAAAGUGAUCCCGCCGAAGUCUUCGUACUCAAAGGAGUUCCCUGAGGAGCUGAAAAAUCAUGGCGCAUACCUUGGCUACACCGUGACCUCGGUGGUGUCUGCCAGAAACGGUCAGCUGUACGUGGCCGGAGCUCCGAGGUUCAACCACACUGGCAAGGUCAUUGUGUUUACGCUGACAAAUGAAGGCAACCUCACGAUACUGCACUCGCUUAAGGGACAACAGAUAGGUUCCUACUACGGCAGUGAGAUUGCUCCCGUGGACAUUGAUGGAGAUGGUGUGACAGACAACCUCCUUGUGGGCGCCCCCAUGUUCUUCAGCGGCGGCUGGGAGAAAGGAAAAGUCUAUAUAUACCGUGUGACGGAGCAGACCCGGUUUGUGUUAGAGGGGUCUCUGGAAGUCCAAGACCAGGGGCAAAACGCCCGCUUUGGGUCAGCGCUGGCCCCUGUGCCUGACCUUAACGGAGACGGGUACAAUGACGUGGUGAUCAGCGCUCCACUGGAGGACAACCACCGGGGUGCCAUUUAUGUAUUUUACAGCCAACGGAACAGGAUACUUCGCAAAUACAAACAGAGAAUUGGGGCAGCACAACUGGCUAAUGGCCUACAGUACUUUGGCCGCAGCAUCCAUGGAAAGAUGGACAUCAAUGGAGAUGGGCUUGUGGAUUUAUCAGUCGGAUCUCUCGGUGCAGCAGUGCUUCUGUGGUCCCGCAGUGUGGUCCGAAUCCAUGCAGGAGUGAGAUUUGAACCUAGCAAAGUCAACAUUUUCAACAAGGACUGUCGAAGGGGUGGCAAGGACGUGACCUGCAUGUCAGCUAUCGUCUGCCUCAACGUCACGUCUCGCACCCCUAUACGACCAACACAGGAAGUCGCUCUGCAGUACAACGUGUCGAUCGAGGAGAAACGCUUUGCCCCACGGGCCAUAUUUGAUGAGCCUGAGAAGCAGGGCCCACGCAACCUCACACUAAUGCCAGGGGAGGAGAGCUGUGAGCAUAUCUACUUCCACGUUGUGGAAACUACCGACUAUGCUCGACCAAUCGUAUUCAGUGUGAAGGUGGACGCCCUGGAUUCGCACCAGGGGCCGGUGAUGGACGACGGUUGGCCCACCUCUAUCAAGGUCGAGCUGCCUUUCUGGAACGGCUGUGAUGAGGAUGACCGCUGUGUCCCUAACCUCGUGCUCCAGUCCCACACUGACCUCAUCACCAGGAGGAAGUUCUGUGGUCAGGUGAUCCACACACGGGGAACGGUGUGCUUGAAUCAGGACGAGGGGGAGGCAUCGGAGAGGAUAAUCGAGGCGUCCCGCAGGAGGAUGGUGGUGGACACACGAUUGGAGAACCGUGGAGAGAACGCCUACAGAGCACGCCUCAACAUCUCCUUCUCCCCCAAUCUGCGGUUCUCCAGUCUCAUUGUCAAGGACAACCAAGACAUCAAGAUAGAGUGCCGGAACGUACCAAAGAAGAGAUAUGAGAAAUUCUGCAAUGUCAGCUCACCGUUCAUGAGGGCCAAUUCUCAAGUAUCGUUCCGCCUGGAGUUUGAAUUUAACCGCUCAACGGUCUUGGACUAUGUGCGGGUAAACCUUCAUGCUGUCAGUGACGGAGAGGAAGUAUCCCUUCACGACAAUGCAGUUGACCACUUUUAUCAGCUGAAAUACGAGACUGACCUUCUCUUUACAAGAGACUCUGACCCAACCCGUUAUGAAAUUAAAGCCGAUCUUUCCUUGGAGACGCCCGGAAUAAUGGGCCCUCCAUUUAACUUCACCUUCCUCAUUCAAAACUUGGGCUCCUUUCCAGUCAGGGACUUGCAGCUGAACAUCGAAAUCCCAGAAGUCACGAAAAAUGGAAACCAGCUUCUGAAGAUAACCAACUUUGAUAUAGAUCAGAUCGAUGGUACCCAUUGCAUUCCUCCACAACAUGUGGCCCACAGUCGAGCAGGUCCUGAAGACCUCUCUCGAGUAUCACGCCUGAACUACUCGAACACGCUAACACUGCCAAUCCAGUGCACUGUCAACGUCCCGUCCCAUAGAGAAGUUGGUGUCUACAUCAGAGGGAUCCUACGAAUCGAUUCGCUACACGCUCUCAAGUUCAAAACGUUGGAGUUGGUGACAACAGCUGGCAUCCAGCUCAGCACGUCCAGCCCCAUGUUUUUAUUCGAAAGACGGCCCUUGAGACAUAUAAUACUGGAAGUAAGAAAAGAAGAAGAUUAUCGAAUUCCCAUCUGGAUUAUAAUAGGAAGCACUCUUGGGGGGCUGCUAUUACUAGCCCUGCUGAUCCUGGCUCUAUGGAAGCUGGGCUUCUUCCAGAGGCAAAAGAGGCGGGAUCAUGGGGAGCAGGAGACCAAUGGGAAGGUGGCAGAGGAGCGGUAACCCAGGCCAAACCAGCCGGGUUCCACUAGCCCCGCCCACACACCCAUUACCACCACUCAGGGACCAUCCCAGUACAGACACGCCGCUCCAAUCAAAACAAACAAACAAACAAGCAAACAGGAAGUAAAUGGAUACAUAAAAAGUCUCCAUGGACAUCGACGGGAGAAGAGCAGCCCCUCUCGGCCUCUCUGAGCACUGGAUGACCCCUCGUCUCUCGACCACUGAACCCACUGCUCAACACCCCAACACGACCUGCACUGCCGUCUGAAUAAAGCACCUAAAUACACACACACACACUAGCCUGGGCGAAAGCCGACUGUUGACUCCGUCAAACAGUCUGAUGAAAGCUAAGAGGAAUCCAUCUCCAUGGAGGGUGGGAGAUGGUCUGAUCUUACUCUGCUAUUUAAAUUCAUUGGAGUUCCGAAUACAAAUUAAAACCCAUAUUGUGCUUUAUUAGCAUGACUGUUACGAUGUAGCGUCGCAAAAGCAUACAAAUAACAAAACAAAAGUGUGAAUAGUGUUACCUUAACCAAUCAGUAACGGACUUCGCGGGUGAGUUCUGCGUCACCACUCUCAACUGUUUGCUGAUGGCUAAACAGUGAGCGAACCGAGCUUGGAGGCUUUUGCCAGACUAUGGUGCGGAGCCAAAAUCUUUGGGUGGAGUACAUAGGAUGGCAUCGCCAGGCUACACACACACACACACACACACACACACACACACACACACACACACACACACACACACACACACACACACACACACACACACACACACACAGGGAUCUUGGCUGCCCAUGCUAUUGGAUCCUGUUGGAGGUGUUGUUGCUGCAUCAGUCUUUUUUGUUGUAACGAAGGACCUGAAUUGACCUUCCAUCAUGACCUCCAUGACAUUUCCCCCGAUUGAACUGUCUGAAAGGAGCGGGCUUAAGAUAUAUCAAUUUUUAUUUUUAUUAUUAUUAAUUAUUACCAAUAAUAUUCUGGUGCUCUCACAAAACCUUUGGACCAGCAGGGUUGGACACAUACAUGUGCACUGUGCAUGUGCGAUCUGUAUUGUUGAUGCAAGGUGACAUCAAGCACUGGCGUGAAUUGCUCUGAUGAACGGCUAUACAAAAAAAGAGAGAGAGGACUCAUGUGACUCUCCUGACGUGCCAUCCCAUCUAUGCACUGGUUUCUUCAGUCUUGAGCCCCUCCUGUGCAGGGUACCGCCUCAUUCUCUACCCAAGACUGCCCCCUAAUGGAUAGGUCUCUAUAUUUCACUUGGAGAUCCUCAAUGCGCAUUCCUGAAUUCAAUGCACUUUUUUUGUAUUAGAAAUGUAAACUUGAAAUUUGUAAAUAGGUAAUUGUAUCUUUUUGUAAACCAUAAAAGGGUUAAACUGUUUUUGUUUUGUUUUAGGUUUUGUAGUUACUCAAGCAAGGAUUGUGGCAUUACCUUGUAAGUAAUAGAAAGUAGGCAAGCUUUGAAGACUCGUGUCUGAAAUCCUCUCACAGGCUUUGCACCUCAACAAAUAACCUUUGUGAAAGGGUAUGCAUAUUGUACAGCAGGUCCCACUGUUCAGCUCUGCGUAAAUUGCCAAGGCUAGCAAAGAUGUGCAGUUGAGACUUUGAAGACGUGUAAAUUAUGAGGAUGUUUGAUGAGGUUUGGUUGUGCUAAUAUAUGUAAUAGGAAAUUUAAGUAUUUAGUUAAGUUGGUGAGGAAGCACAGAAUUGAAAUCAAUUUAAUUUCAGUUAUUUCAUUGUGUCCUCAACUAAUUGGUGAUUUCCAAACAUCUCUAUGCAUUAGCAGUCAGAAUGCAGGAUUUGACCAAUUGUAUUCCAGGUAUGUACGCUUUAGAAGAUCAUCUUUCACAUCUGAUUAUGAACAUGUCAAAUAGCAUAUUUGUAAAUACUGAGUAUUUUUAUUUGAGGAUAAACUAUUCACCAUUGGCUAUUAAACAAU